GAAGAGCGACCAAGACCCACCGAACCAUCUGCUUAACGGGAACGCACAGGGAAUCCCGAGACCUAAACCAGAGAUUGAUUACUUCUCACUCACACGCUGGCGGAAUUGAUCGUUUGAUCCGUGAUUUGUGGAUUUGCACAGCACUUUUGAUUUACGCGACAGGAUUCACAAUCAAGGAAACAUUAUGAUCAGUACAGUGGACUUCAGCGCUUUGGACUUUCUCUGCGCAGCGACUGAAAACGGCGCUCAGACCGAGCGUGAUACCGACUUUGAGGGGCUUCUGAAGCCUAAAGUUGAGCAACCGGAUCCUGCUUUCCUCCCAGACCUGAGUGAAAGCUCGGCCGACGGACUACCUCCUUCCCCACUGACAUACACCGGCACUUUCCACACCGAGACAGCCGCGUGCAGCGCAGACGCUCUGCUUAACAUGAUCACAGAGAUCGUGGGCAUCUGCACAAAUCCCAUCUAUGACAGCCACUGUGAUGACUUCUCGCAGUCGGUGGCGAGCGCGAGCUCUCGCAGCAGUGCGCUCUACAGACAGGGCUCGGUGGGCUCCACGGGAAGCUCCACGCCCUCGCUGGGAUCCCCUGAGCCGCUCUGCAACGAUCCCUCAGAUGAUUUCAUGGACGUGGCUAGCCUUCAGCAGCUGUUCCCGGUGACUGUUAAGAAGGAGCGCGAAGAGGACUGCCGCGGCUGCGACUUGUUUGAUGAGUUAAUUGUGUCAGAUACUCGGCUCUCAGAUCAGGAUGCAGACUUGGACGACAUCAUCGACCUGCUUUCCCCACUCUGUCCUGAGACGGACUCUUUGGACACUCAUGCUUUGGACACUUGGAUAAAACAGGAGCCGGUUUGCGUGGAGCAGUGCUCACACAACGCUUCUCUGAGCGCUUCAUCAAACCAAACUCCCUCCACUACGCCAUCCACUCUUACUGGAAAUGCUUUCUACAGGGCAGCCUUCCCCAACGGCCAGCUGUUUGACCUGAACUGCUCAUCGGUGCUGGACUCUCUGCUUUUCUCUAACUCUACAACCACCAGAAGCCGAGGCCAAACGACCAAAUCGAGCACCAGGAAGGGCGCCCCACGUGAAAAGCCCUUUUCCUGCCCGGUGGAAAACUGCGAUCGUCGCUUCUCGCGGUCCGACGAGCUGAACCGCCAUGUGCGCAUCCACACGGGCCACAAGCCUUUCCAGUGCCGGGUGUGCUUGCGAUGCUUCAGCCGCAGCGACCACCUGACCACGCACAUGCGCACGCACACUGGUGAGAAGCCCUUCUCGUGCGACGUGUGCGGCCGCCGCUUCGCCAGGAGCGACGAAAGAAAGAGGCACUGGCGGGUGCACCUCAAGCAGAGAGAGAGGAUGCAGCAGAAGGCCGAGCUCCUGGCCGCACGCGCAUUCGCUUUACCAGGGCUCGUGUGAGCUCGCGCUGUUGAGACUAAAAGUUUGUGUUCACCCGCUUUGAAGGAAAGCCUCUGGUUAAAGUAAAGCACAGUUCACCUGCGCGAGCCUGUUCACCAGAUGGAAGCGUGAAGCUAAGAGCUGCAAUCACGCAAAAUUCGGGGGACUGAUUGAAGAGAAAAGUGGCGCGAUUUUAUUACUUCCAGUGCACUUCCGGUGCGCAGGCGCCGCUCUAUCUCCGCUUUGACGAGGUCAUAAACAACUCUGCACAUAACAUGGACUCUCCAUCGAGUGUCGUUUUUUUGCCGUUAAUGAAAAUGCAUGUUUUCUUCAGUGUUAUUAAAACUGUUUGGCACUGCUAGACCAUGUCUGCAUGCACAUGAUCCAACUUUCUAUGGUCUCCGUGUUGUAUUUUGAUACUUGAUAAUUGUGUAUAAAUCCGAAACUAAAGAAGCCUAUAUUUGUAUAUUUUCGAUGGUUAUUUUUCUACUGAACAAAAUGAGAGAAGAAUAUCUUAUAGAUUUUAUCAGAUUGUUGUAUUCAACUUUUGACACUGGCGCGCGCUUGACUGGUUCCCUGCGAACUAAAUGCAGAUGAAGACAUCAACAUAGUAGUUGAAUUUCAGUAGCACACUUAGUUGUGCAGAUAUCUUUUUGUCCGUUUGUCUUAUAAAAAAUCAAAUCAAAUGUUACUGUGCAAUGCCACGAUGUUUAAAGCCUAAUGGGUAUUCCAAAUAAUUUAUGAAUGAAAUAAAAUGGACUAUUUAUUGAU